UAUAACUAAAAGUGCUAAGCGCGAAAGUGAUAUGACCUUGGAGGAUAUGUACAAUGCUUGGUAUAAUUUUGACGAGCAUGAUGAUGACUGUUACUGGGAACCAUCCGAAAAGCAAAUAGAAGUUCUGAAGUGGUUUUGUACCAUGAUCAAUGUCAAGGAUGUUGACAAUUGUGAAAAAAGUGCUAAGCGCGAAAGUGAUAUGACCUUGGAGGAUAUGUACAAUGCUCGGUAUAAUUUUGACGAGCAUGAUGAUGACUGUUACUGGGAACCAUCCGAAAAGCAAAUAGAAGUUCUGAAGUGGUUUUGUACCAUGAUCAAUGUCAAGGAUGUUGGCAAUUGUGAAGUGUGCAAAGAACACAGAGAAUCUGGGGUACUGAGGCAUGGAUUUUUUGCAUCUCCAUAUCUGCCUGUAGAGGAUGUCAGCCAAGAUGAGUUGCCUGUAACUGAAAACUCUGAAGAUAAUUUGGAGAUUACUUGUGCAGACUCCCGUUGUUGUGUGAUGCCGCAUGAGAGCAAAAACAUGGUGUCAAAGUACGUACCGAUGUGUUUGUUAUUGUGAAACACCGUGAGGACAAGCAUCUUAUCGAAGAAAUGGAGGUAUAAAUGGUGCAGAUUUCCACCCUUGACGCUUGAUUAUGCAGUUUGGGCGCCUACAAAUGAUUUACUCUCCCCUUCUAAUUAGUUUACAAACAUUAUGUACCACAUUUUGACCAUUCAUUCAGGAUCACUUACGAAGCUUAAUUUAUUUCCUCCGUAGAAAAGGUAUUCAGCAUCUUGUUCUUGAAUUUUCAAAGUGGAACCGAUACAAAUUGGUGCCUUCAUUUCCGCGUGUUUACAGUUGAGGCAUUUGACUCUCGAGUAAGAAAUUCACUAAUUUUGAAGGAAAUUCAUGUUGCAUAUUAAUGGAUGUCACUAUCAUCCUAUAUGUUGCCACUAGUUGUUGUCUCCAAGUUGAAGACUCAACUUGGAGCCAUCAGAUUUUGGCUAUUAAAGGAGCCAGCAGAUAUAUAAAUUAACGCGAUACACACGGAAAUAAAU